CUGAACUUUAUCUGAGCAUUUCUGUCUUUUUUCUCUUAAUGCAGAGAAGAAGAAGAAGAAGCGGCAGAAAGAAGCAUCAGAAGCCCGACAUCACUGCGAGCAUUGCGGGAAAUCCUUUGCAAGAAGAAGCAACGUCACCAGACACCAGAGGAACCACUGCAGCACGGCGCCGAGCCAGCUGGAGUCGGAUCGGGAGGUGUUUGCAUGUCAGAAAUGCAGCAUGACUUUCCGGAGUAAACGCCACUUAAAGCUGCACAUGCGCAUUCACACGGAGGACAGCGAGAACCAGGAGGGGAGUAAAAUAUCUCCACGGGAGAGAUGUCACGCCUGCAAGCAGUGCAACAAGAGCUUCUUCCUGCUCCACACCCUCCGGCAGCACCAGCUCAUCCACACGGGGGAGAAGAGUUACAGCUGCGAGGUGUGCGGGAAGCAGUUCGGCAGGGAGGAAACGCUGAGGACGCACCAGCUCACGCACACGGGGGAGAAACCGUUUGAGUGUGAGACGUGCGGCAAGGCCUGCGCCAGGAAGGGAGACCUGAAAACACACAUGCUGAGCCACUCGGAGGAGAGACCGCACCGCUGCAGCCGCUGCCCCAAGAGCUUCAAGCAGCUGACCAAACUGAAGCAGCACGAGCGCGUUCACACGGGCGAGAAACCGUACCAGUGCAAGCUGUGUCCGAAGCGGUUCAGGCUGCAGACAGCGCUGGUGACGCACCAGUACACCCACUCAGGGGAGAAACCCUUCAAGUGCACCCUGUGCCCCAAGGCCUUCAGCGUCAAGAACAACCUGAAGAAGCACCACAUGAUCCACACCGGGGAGAAACCGUACAGCUGCUCGCACUGCGCCAAGAGCUUCAGACUCCUGCAGCACCUGGUCAUCCACGAGCGCAGCCACACCGGCGAGAAACCGUACAAGUGCGACAGAUGUGGGAAAGCCUUCGCCCACCCGUCGGCCCUGAAAACACACCAGCAGAACCACAAGGAGAAACCGCCUGGCUGCUCCCUGUGCGGACAUACCUUCACAGAGUUCACGGAGCUAGCCGGUCACGAGUGCAGUGACAUGACAGAGAAACCACACCACUGCUCUCAGUGCGGGAAACGCUUCGUUCAGGCUGUGAACCUGAAGGCACACCAGAGGAUUCACUCAGGGGAAAAACCCUAUAACUGCAAAGACUGCGGGAAGCAAUUUAACCACAAGGGCAACCUCACCAAACACUCACGCAUCCACACGGGGGAGAAACCCUUCGAGUGUGGGGAGUGUAAGAGGGGCUUCAGGUUGCUGCAGCACCUCACCAACCACCAGCUGACUCACAGCAAGAAACACUGACUCUGGAUCUGAGGAUUUGGAAA